AUGACGUUAUUUUUAGCUUUGACAAUAAAGUUAGUAUGCUUAGUUCAUAUGGAGUUUAUACUUCUUGGAAUCCCAUCUGUCCCACAUAGUAGCAAUGAAGCAGAAUGUGCCUAUACACUCUUUAUCGUCGCAGUGUUUUGGAUUACAGAAGCUUUGCCUCUGUCAGUAACAGCUUUGCUGCCUGGUUUAAUGUUUCCGUUGUUUGGGAUCAUGCCUUCUAAGAAGGUGGCAUCUGCUUAUUUCAAAGAUUUUCACCUACUGCUAAUUGGAGUCAUAUGCUUAGCAACCUCAAUAGAAAAGUGGAAUUUGCACAAAAGAAUUGCCCUAAGAAUGGUGAUGAUGGUGGGUGUGAACCUAGAAUGGUUAACAUUGGGGUUCAUGAGCAGUACUGCCUUCUUAUCUAUGUGGCUGAGCAACACCUCUACUGCUGCCAUGGUGAUGCCCAUUGUGGAGGCUGUUGCACAGCAGAUCAUCAGUGCUGAAGCAGAGGUCGAGACUACUCAGAUGGCUUAUCUCAGUGGAGAAACCAACCAUGGACUGGAGAUUGAUGAAAGUGUUCAUGGACAUGAAACACAUGAGAGCAAAGAGAAAACAAAACCAGUUCUGGGAUACAGUAAUGAUGGAGGAAAAGUUUCAAGAAAAAUGGAGGUGGAAAAGAAUUUAGGUACAGGGACUAAAUACCGAACAAAGAAGGACCACAUGAUGUGUAAGCUGAUGUGUCUGAGUAUAGCUUAUUCUUCUACCAUUGGUGGACUAAUAACCAUCACUGGAACCUCCACCAACUUGAUCUUUGCCGAGCAUUUCAAUGCGUACUACCCUGAUUGUCAAUGCAUCAACUUUGGAUCAUGGUUCAUGCUCUCCUUUCCAGCUGCCAUAAUUAUUCUAAUCCUAUCCUGGAUUUGGCUUCAGUGGCUUUACCUAGGUUUCAAUAUUAAAGAGAUGUUCAAAUGUGGGAAGACAAAAACCGUGAAACAAAAGGCUUGUGCUGAGGUGAUUAAACAAGAGUACCAAAAACUGGGACCAAUGAGGAAUCAAGAAAUUGUGACCUUGGUCCUCUUCAUUAUCAUGGCCCUGCUAUGGUUUAGCCGAGAUCCAGGAUUUGUUUCUGGUUGGUCUGUGCUUUUUUCUGAGUACCCUGGUUUUGCUACAGAUUCAACUGUUGCCUUACUUGUAGGACUUCUGUUCUUUCUUAUACCUGCUAAAAAAUUGACUAAAACUACAUCUUCAGAAGAAAUUGUUGCUUUCGAUUAUUCUCCAUUGAUUACUUGGAAAGAAUUCCAGUCAUUCAUGCCCUGGGACAUAGCUAUUCUUGUUGGUGGAGGGUUUGCCUUGGCUGAUGGCUGUGAGGUAUCAGGACUAUCCAAGUGGAUGGCAAAUAAAUUAUCUCCUUUAGGUUCAUUACCAGGAUGGCUAAUAAUUCUUAUAUCAUGUUUGCUGGUCACAACUUUAACAGAAGUAGCAAGCAAUCCUGCUACCAUCACUCUUCUUCUCCCAAUUUUAUCCCCACUGGCUGAAGCCAUUCAAAUGAAUCCUCUCUAUAUCUUGUUACCUUCUACUCUAUGUACUUCAUUUUCAUUCCUCCUACCAGUAUCAAAUCCACCCAAUGCUAUUGUAUUUUCAUAUGGCCAUCUAAAAGUGAUUGACAUGGUUAAAGCUGGAAUUGGUGUAAAAAUUGUGGGUCUUGCUGUUGUGAUGCUUGGUAUGUUCACCUGGAUCGAGCCCAUGUUCGACCUCCACACUUACCCUUCUUGGGCCCCUCCAAUCAGUAAUGAAACCCAGCCAUGA